AGCCAGGCCAAUGAGAGCGCGAAGCGCUGGACGGUCGUUGGGCGCGAGGCUGGCGCAUGGCGGACGCGGCGCUGUUCGAGUUUCUGCAUACCGAGAUGGUGGCGGAGCUGUGCGCGCACCACUCCGACCCUGGCCCUGGGGGACAGAAGAUGAGCCUGUGUGUCCUGGAGGGCAUGGGCUUCCGUGUGGGCCAGGCCCUGGGAGAAAGGCUGCCCCAGGAGACGCUGGCCUUCAGGGAGGAGCUGGACGUCCUCAAGUUCCUGUGCAAAGACCUGUGGGUGGCCGUGUUCCAAAAGCAGAUGGACAGCCUCCGUACCAAUCACCAGGGGACCUACGUCCUACAGGAUAACAGCUUCCCCCUCCUCAUCCGGAUGGCCUCGGGCCUGCAGUAUCUGGAGGAAGCACCCAAGUUCUUGACCUUCACCUGCGGCCUUCUGCGAGGCACCCUCAGCACCCUGGGCAUCAAGAGCCUGGUCACUGCCUCCGUGGCAUCCCUGCCCACCUGUAAGUUCCAGGUGGUGAUCCAGAAAACCUGAGGAGCGCCCCCACCUGCAGCCCACCCCGCUGAGCCUCACAGCCCCCGCUGGCCCCGGGGACCUCAGAGCCCCACCUUUG